AGGGUGAAGAGGAGAGAAGGUGGGGGGCGAAUAUUUCAGCACCGGAGCUGUUCACGGCUGGCUUGGAGGAGACUGUUCUUUCUGCUUCCGACCGUGUGUGCUCUCUCUGCACGACUCGGGAUAAUAAACCGCUUCGCUCAUUCAUCUCCCCUGCGGGACGAGGGACGGGCGACACAGAGGCACACAUACUUCAUUCGAGUCAAGUCUUGAGAUGCUGAACGGCCGGGAUUGAAACAGGGAAUGAAAAGGAGGACAGGAUGGGAUUCAAAUCAGCGCAUACCAGAGACAAACCAGCUUUGGGAAAGGAAUCGUACAUUCAGAGAAAUGCAUACACACUCCCUCCCCCGCAGUAUUAAAAAAAGCCAGACAUGGGAGUACUUAUGUCAAAGAAACAGCAGGUGGAGAAGGUGCAGAAAUGCAGUGCUGUCGUCUCGGCCUUCCAGGCUGGCAUUAAGGAUCAUGCAGUCAAGCAAGUGGACACAGAAGCGGGGAAAGGGGAAGAAGAUGCCAAAACUUCAGCCAUUGCUAAUGAGAAAAACAUAGAGGAAGUGAAGCCAGAGGAGGCAGACAGUAAUGCAGGUCCCUCAACCUCCCAGCAGGCCUCGGCUCCAGUUAGAGAUGAAUGUAAGGUCAACCAGGAGGCUUGGUCAAGGUUACGGGAUGGGAAAGGAGUCGAGCCUGAAGAACUCGAUAAGAGCCAUCAACUCACACCUCCUGCUUUUGUGCGACCAAAAAGGGAAACUGAUGAUGACCAGCCUCUUGAGGUGGACUUGGAAAACAAAGAGCAGCCACUGAGCGAUGAGAUUUGUGAUGUUUGUGAGGUGUGGACAGCAGAUGACCUCUACCCCUGUAGGAUCUGCACACGGAUGUUUCAUGACGGCUGUCUGAGGGAGCUGGGUUAUCUUCGUGCCGAGGCCUUGCAGGAGAUGAGAGAUACAGCCCACACUGUUACUGGCUGGAGCUGCUACUAUUGUGACAAUGUAAAUCUUCUUCUAACUGAGGAGGAGAUGUACAGUCUAAUGGAGACUUUCAAGCAGUGCAAGAUCAUUCCAGAGUCAUGCCUGGUGUCAGAUGAGCUGCUGCAGUACCGCCACUUUGUAUCCAAGCAGCAGUUUGAUAAGGACUUGAGUGAUGAGCAAGAGGAGGAGGUUUUGGCCCAGUUUGCUUCUCUGGAUCCUGAGAAGAAGGGUCACAUCGAAUGGUCAGACUUUCUCUACUUUGAGUCUCUGGCUGUUUUGAAGAAGUUCAGGACAGAGAACUCACUGGUGCGUCUGUUGACUGCUAAGGAAAGAGACAAGGCAAGAUCCGUUUUUCAAGGACUGGUCAUGGAUAAAGAUGUCAUGAUCACUAGGGCAGAAUGCCGCCAGGCCCAGCAGUCCUGGUUCCACAAGCUCAAAGAUCCUCAGUCCUGCAAUGUGAGACUAAUGGGAUUCUGCUCUCCUAUGAAUUGUGGUAUAAGUCAUGUUGGCCCCAUAUGUGAGAGCAGUCCAGCCAGCUCUGGGAGUGAAAGGACCAAGAUCGACGAAAACAGGCCUUUGACCUGGGCAGACUUUUUAAGGGAGAGUGCCAUCUACAUUUUGGCAGCUCGGCCUAACAGUUCUGCCAUGCACAUCAGGAUGCCUCUAUAAUGCAAGAACCUCCACUGCAGUCCGCAGCGAGAAGAAGAGCAAUGUAGUCCAUGGAUGAACAGUGGGAAAAGAUAAACAUGCUGACAUGAUGUCAUGAAGAAUGAAACUGAGGAAACCAGUUGAAGAACCAACAGGCAGCGAAUGAAGCAAUCAACAGAAACUCUCCUCUCCAGUGUCACUUCAGUACAACACAGGCAACACGAACGUUUGAUACACAGACACCCCAAGGGGCAGCAGCUGUCAUAGCUCCAAACCUUGACAAUUUCCAAAACCUGUAAGAGAUGAGCUGGGAAGGACAGCCACUCUCUUCAUGAUUACCUGGUUUGUGAUAUUUCUGAAACUUUUGGUGUCUUCACAAACAGACAAGAAGCCAGGAUUCUAAAAGUGGCACAAGGCCAAGUAAUGCUACAUAACACACGUUUCCGAAUGAGUUCAUCAGUGUGACAGGCUGUCACUCUAUUCAAGUAUUCAUUACUUUGAGCUUCAUCAAGUGCUAAUCAUAAAUACAUGACAUUGUAUUAGGUUUCAGUUCACCAUCAGAGCCCAUUUUGGAUUAAUGCUAUUCACAUACAAUAAAAGCCAACUGCUAGACGUACCAAUAUAAAUUAUUAUUCAUUAAUCGCUGUAUUUAUUCCUGUAUCUUUGGACGUAUCCUCUGUUUAUCCCUGUUUCAUCCAAUAAUCUGUGUUCUUCUUAAAUUCUAACUGUGAAAAGGAUGUAAACAUUAAUGAAAGCUAAACCUGUAAGUGACAUGUAUGUAAAUGUAUAUAAACUGCCAUAUAGUCCUAUUGCUUUUGUUGUGCUCUUUGAGCUGCACUAUGACAAGGUAAGAACAAUCGCUUGUUUCAUUCUAAUCACAAUAGUUGCACCGUGAGAAUGACAUAAAAUUGAAUCAUUGUCUGACAUAACCACUGUAAUGAAUUACUGAAGUGAGAAAUGACAGAGAAAUUGUUUUGCUUUCCUAAAAGGCACAGCUAUUGUGAAAAAGUGGCCAGGAAAGACAUGAAGGACUUCCCUUUAAACCACUGGGGCAUUGGACAUUGUGUAGUCUUUAUGAAGGUUGUAUGCCUUGUCCUUUUAAUGAGUAAAGCGUAGAAAUACAAUUAAAAUCGUUGGUUAAAGAGAUAUGCAACACUGUUACAAUAAACACUUGGCAUUUACACUUUG